CUGUUGAUGAAAUACUCCGACGAUUAAUCACUAGAUCGGAGAAGGAGAACAAUCGUUUGUGCAUAAAAUCCAUGAAAUAACUGAUUAAAUAGAAACAAAGAUUCAGAAUCAAAUUUCUUUUGGAAUAAAAAUGGUGAAAGGAAAAAUGAAUCCCCCUAGAAAAGAUGAUACAAUUACAGUUAUUGUUUGCUGAACACACGCCAGCAGGAUUAAUCCCGAAAGUUGAGAACCACGAGGAAGAUAUCCCGAGGGUUGGGAGAUGGGAUAUAUACCAGAUUUCUGAUUACAUUUGGAAAACAGACAUGACACAGUUUUCGCCAACUCCUAGCUUUGUGGCUGAGUUUUCACAGCUUGAGAAGCAGCUGGGUAUAUCAACCGUGGUACCCAGCAAGGACGACCUGCAAAGUUGGCUGAAAGCGCAAACUAUUGAGAAUAGCCAUCUGAAAGAGCAACUGCAAGAAAAGCAAGCAAUGCUUAAAGCAGUGUAUGCAAUUGCAAGAGAAGGGAUAUCAGAAGGGGACCUUUCAGGAACAGCGGAAUUCAAGGUUCACAAAUUUAGUUGCCAAAUUAUGCAAGCAAUGGGUAUUGAUCCUUACAAAGUGACCCAGGAAGAGUUUAUGCAACAUGAAGAUGAUGUACAUGGAGGUACUGAGCAUGGAGCUACUGAGCAUGAAGAAGAAGAGUUACAAUUAGUUGAGACAGAGCAACAAGGAGAUGGAAGUACUGAGCAAGAGAAAGAGAAAGAUGACACUCCACCAAAGAAAAGGCCUGUCGCAAAGCAAAAGCCCACUCCUACAAAUAAUGUUGAUGAGGAGCAGAAGAAAGAUGUUGAAGAGACACCUGUUACGGAUGAGGCACAGAAGAAAGCUGCAGAUGGUGGAGUUGUGGAUGGGGCAGGUGAUGAUGUAGCUGCAAAAGCCGUAGGUGAUGAUGUUACUGCAAAAGUCAAUGAGGAUACACCUGCAACUGUUGGUGACGGUUUGGUUAUGACUGCUCCAACUCAGCCAACUCCUGGAACUUUUGAUGACAGUUCUGCUUCAACACAGUUUGAGGACUCCAUGGUGAUAACUGCUACAACACCGCAAACACAGCCUGACAAUGCUCAGACCUACAGGUUGGUGCAACUAGGAGCUAACCCGAUGAUAUGA